UGGUGGCGGACUUCUUCACUGUUUGUGCGCGAUUUUACUAUCAUCUCUUGUGUUGGCUUCGCUUCACCGAUUUGUAUUACAAUGAGACGCUGAAGCGUGUUGAGUAUCAGCCCCGAAAUCCUCGGUUACGGCGUUACAUAUUUCGUAUAUAUUUUUCGAUUUGUGGUGUUUACUCAACGAUUCUCCUCGGUAGUCUCUUGGUGGGCAUUAUAUAUGGCUUAAUAGAGUGCGAAGAGUUAAGACCAAUUGAAGUUGUCAGUUACGCAUAUGUAGUCAUUAUAAGAUCUGUGUAUAUUACGAUUUUCAUUAUUAUUUCAUAUCAAGUCCAAAGAAGGAGGACUAGCAGGUUUUGACAAAACUUGUUCAACAUACUUUUCGAAAUGGAUCGAAAGAUCUCAGCGCUGACUGGAUGUCCUGCAGUUAUGGAGACUCAUAUCAAGUUGUUGCUGUUCCUUAAAAUAUCACUAAUUGUUUGGAUUGUAAUCAUACCUGCACAAAGAAUUAGUCUUAUGAGUAAUAUUUUCGCGUUUCCGGUUUUCGAACUCGCCUAUAUUGCAAAUUAUGCGAUCAUUAGAAAGUUGCUAAUUCUCCAUAAAGUUUUAAAGAAAUGGAUUAAGCAUCAAGAAGAUCAAUAUAGAGUAAAAUCUCAAUGCACAUCAGAAUGCAGGAUGAUGAACAAACCGAUGCGUAAGGCAAUCUCUUUGUGGGGUCAAUCGGGUCAAAUGUUAAAGAACUAUCUGAAAUAUUUCAACUGGUAUGAAAAACUGGUUCUUAUGGAGAAUAUAUAUUGCGUCUAUUUGGCCAAUUCUUUAAACCAUAUUAUUAAUAUGCUCCUUAUUGGCAUGGUUAAUGACACACUGAAGCAUGAGGAAGAUUCUUUGAACGACAUAUUGAUGGUACUGGUCGCCAAAUUGUCACAGCAAGCAAGAUUGUGCAGCAAUUGUCGGAAACUUCUAAAAGCGGUGAGUGGUCUACUUGUCUACCUCGAAAACCAGUUCAAAUAUUUUUCUCUCUUUACACAGAUCGAUUAUCACUUGUGUUGCCGGAAUCUGUGUCCCAAUGGGAUUUAUAUUUUUAGAAAUUAUUGGACCAGAGGAUUCGUAAUCGAUGUUAUCCAAAACUUGAUGAUUUUGGGAUUUAAUAUCACACAGUUUGGCUCAGAUGUAGUCUAUGUUUGUAAUUAUGACCCUGAAACUACGGAUAUAUUAUUAUUUUCAUAGAUAUUAAACCAAGGUUACACUACAAGAUAUUGUAUUACACAUUAUACAUAGCUGCCCUGAGAAAUUUGUAAGAAUAUUUAAUGAAAUAGUUUAUGGCAGCGUUUUUCACUUUUUAUAAAACAAUUAUUAUUAAAAUUUAAUUCAAUAAAUUGAUAUGGU